AUGUACGAUUCUUCAGCUCUUAUCGUCCCAGCGCCAUCGGUAUCGCGAUCACGCGCCAAACCAUUACGAACAUAUGGCAAACGAAGCAUUCGAGACGAUUCGCCGAAAGAGCCAAACACCAAGAAACGAAGGUUAUCAGCAGAAGCAACAACUUCUGAGCCGACAUCCAAAGGCACAGACACGGCGCCGCUGAAGAAGGUCACGAAAGAGGCGAAGAACACACCUGAAUCGACAACAACGAACAAAAUUAUCGCCGAGCCAGUCAAGAAGGGGUCAAUACUGAACUUCUUCAAACCUGUACCUCCAUCAUCUACAGUUACUUCCAGUCCAAAGAGCGACGAGCCUCAACCCGAAUCGACACCCCCAUCCUCACCACCACAACCCCCAAAGAUAGAACCCCGAAAGAAACCGCGCUUAUUACGCUUCCGCGGUACAUCAACCCCAUUACUAGAUGACGAGAACACGGGAGGUGAUAUACAAGGCGAGGAUACAGAAGCCGAAGAUUCUGGCACCAGAUCCACUCGGCCCGCUGUUCAAGAGAGCUCCUUGAAUCGAGAACAGAACACAAACGACUCAAAGCCAGGAAAGAGAGGGAAGACGAAAACACCAACCGUACAAACGACACUGAAUUUAUCCUUGCAAGCAGCGUUUUCGGAGUGCAAGGUGUGCAAUACUGUGUGGAAUCCGCGGUAUCCAGAUGAUGUGAAGUUUCAUACGAAACAGCACGCGGCUGUUCUGAGGGCGAAGAAGAAGGAGAAGGAGAGUGAAUUAUAG